AUGUCUCAAAGAGGCGCUUCCUCUUCGAGAAGCGAAAAUGCUCAAAAUAGCCUUGGGGAAGUCGCUUGCUACCACAAUGCGCCUUGUGUGACUAACAGAAGCAGGAAGUCAGGCAGAAUGUUCUACGGCUGUCCACAUUGGAAGGAUCCAAGUAAGAAUUGCAAAUUCUUUAUGUGGGUGGAAGGGGCAGCAGUGGAUGAAGUGGAUGAAAGGAGAGAAAUAUUGAGGCUUGAAGAGAGUUUAAGGUUGGCUGAGGCUAAGGCAGAGAGGAGGAAGAAGGAGAGAAAAAUUAUAGAGGAAGAGUUGAGGAGGGUUAACCAAGAUGUUAUUGCAAUUCGACAAAUGUUCAUUGUUGUUUUUCUGUUGAAUGCGUUGUUACUCGUGGUCAUGUUAAUGAACCGUUGGGGUAUGUAUUAG